AACACUCUGGACCUUGAAGAGACUGGAGAAGUAAUCCAAGGCAGUAUCAAUGCUCUGCCAGAUGUUUCCUUGGAUGAUGUUGGGUCUCAUUCUGAGGCACCACCUAGCUUCAAGCCUCCACCACCUCCUCCUCCAAUUCAGCCUCUUGACCCCUCUGUUCCUCAACAGAGAAAGACUGGGAAAGAUCAUCUCAAACGCCCUUCUUCAGAGUCUUCUCAAUCGGGGCUUUUCUUCACAGCACCCCGCAUCCUUAGUCCACCAGAGAGGGACAUACCCAGCACUCCGUCCACUGGAGCCACUUCAUCCACGGAGGGUUCCCUUGCCAGCCCCAUCUAUGCCACAAUUUCUCCAGCCAAUCAUAGCUCGAAGAGACCGAUGGAUACACACCUGUCAUUUGUCAACCAGCACCCAAUAGGGCCCUUCCCCAGGGUCCAGUCUCCGACCCACCUGAAAGGCAUGGCCCCCGAAGCUUCCUCGGGGAGCGGCCUCCCGAGCCCUCCUCUUCCCUCUCCUUCUGCCGUCCCCAUAUCCCUGGAGAAGACCAGCCCCAAGUCAGGAACGAAUCAUCACUUUGUCAUGGUGGAAGUACACCGGCCAAACAGCGAACCAGAUGUGAACGAAGUGAGGGCCCUGCCACAGACCCGAG